AUGUAUAUAAAUGAAUACUUAUUAAAAAGAUACUAUCUUGCAGGGAACACUGGGAGAGGAGAAAACGGAGAUAUAGCCGAUGAUCAUUACCAUCAUUACAUGGAAGAUAUUGAUAAAUUAGAGUAUCUUGGAGUACAUGCUUAUCGACUAUCAAUCUCAUGGACCAGAAUCCUACCAAGGGGAAGGUUUGGUGAGAUCAAUCCAAGUGGGGUCAUAUUCUACAACAAAAUUAUUGACAAUUUGCUGCUAAAAGGAAUCGAGCCAUUUGUGACAAUACACCACUUCGAUAUGCCACAAGAACUUGAGAAUAGAUAUGGAGGCUGGCUCAGUCCUCACAUGCAGGAAGAUUAUGUUUAUUUUGCAAAGUUAUGUUUUGAGAAGUUCGGUGAUAGAGUGAAGAAUUGGAUGACUAUAAAUGAGCCUAAUGUAUUCACUCAAUUCGCUUAUAUGAGAGGAACAUUUCCGCCAAGGCGUUGUUCACUUCCUUUUGGUAACUGUUCUGCUGGUAAUUCAGACGUCGAACCUUUAAUUGCUGCUCACAAUAUGUUGAUUGCACAUGCUAAGGCCGUUAAACUAUACCGAGACCAUUUUCAGCCUAAGCAAGGUGGAAUCGUCGGUUUAACGGCGAAUGCCUUCCAUUAUGAACCAUACACGAAUGAUGACUUUAGCUACCAAGCUGUAGAAAGAUCUUAUGCUUUCAAUAUCCACUGGAUAUUUGAUCCCUUAAUAUUUGGAAAUUAUCCUGCCUUAAUGCGCAAAUAUCUUGGAAAGGACUUACCAAAGUUUAGUAAAGAAGAAGUAGAGUUAUUGAAAGGAAGUGUUGAUUUCAUAGGCAUAAAUCAUUACUCCACCUUUUAUGCAAUUGACUGUCUCAAUUCCAACGAUUGCACCUCAGAGGACAAUCGCUCUAUCAAGGGUUUUGCUGGCAGGGCGAUAGCUCGAAAUGGUAUUCCGAUUGGAGACGAGAUGGGCGUUUUUGGGUUUCGCAUAGUACCUUAUGGAAUGGAGAAGCUUCUGAAUCGUUUGAGUUUGAGAUAUCCAAAUACCAAUAUUUAUAUUACGGAAAAUGGGUACUGCCCACCAAAUUACCAAGAAGGAACAGAGUUGCUACAAGAUUUUACAAGGAUUAAAUUCCAUCAAACAUAUCUCGCAGCUAUGUCCAAGGCUAUGAGGAAAGGAGCUAAAGUAAAAGGGUAUUUUGCAUGGAGUUUUAUGGACAAUUUUGAAUGGAUACAAGGUUAUAACAUCACCUUUGGGCUCUUUUAUGUGGAUCGGAACACCAUGAAACGGACGCCCAGACUUUCCGCCGAGUGGUUUAAAGAUUUCAUUGCAAAUGGUGAAAAAUCAUCAACUAUUAGUACAUUUUAGCACCCUAUUAUUGUUUCUUGCACAUACCUAGGAAAAUGAUAACUUGAUUAUAAGGUGUCAUUGGCAAAUUCUGUUCAUUAUGUUAAUUAUAUAUACAUUUAUAAACACAAAUUGUCUUG